AUUUACAAUGGUUUCUCUCGCUCUGGAUACAUCAUCGCGUUGAGAUGAUCUGUAGAAAGAGUGCAAGUUCUUUUCUGACAGUUUAUUUUUCAUUAUUCUAAGGCAGUCCUCAAGAAAGAGUUCUAGCCCGUCUUUUCAAUAAUUUAGCGUGUUUGCGGAGAAAUGGAGCAUGUGAAUUCAACUUCAAGCAGGAAUGAGGAAUCGAGUUCUACCGAUCUGCAGGCGACGUUUGACAUCGAAAGGAAAUCUUGUGAUGUGCGACUCUCCUCCCAGUCGAUAACGUGGUGGGAGGCAUCCUCCACCCUUGGAAUGCAUCACCAACUCCACAACCACCAAUGCAUCCAGCUGAAUCGCAUCGUUGGGGUUCGUCUGAAGGGACCAGAGAAGCCUUCUUCACCUGAUGGAAACCACAUGAUGACCCUGUCUCAAAUGGGUCAACUCUUUCAGGUCUUUACACCAUCAACCCAUCACCCUUUAUUCAGCUUUACAGUGUAUGUUGGUAGGAACAGUCGACAAACGAAGUGGAAAGUCCAAGCUGUCACAUUUUCUUCGCAUGAUCAAGAGCUCUGUAUGAUGUGGGUUGAUAGAAUAAAGACAGCUCUACAACAAGGUCAUGGCAGACCAAAGAGAUUACAUGUGAUAGUGAAUCCAUACGGGGGUAAAGGAAAAGGACAGUCGGUCUACGACAUUAAGGUAGCGCCUCUGUUCCACCUAGCAGAUAUUGAGACCAGUAUGACAAUCACAGAAGGCCCUGAUCAUGCAAAGUCACUCAUGCAGAUGAUGGACCUCACUGGAAUUGAUGGUAUUGUAUCUGUUGGUGGAGAUGGUACCUUUGCUGAUAUUGUGAAUGGAUUACUAAUAAGAACCCAGCAAGAGGAAGGUAUAGACCCUAACAACCCAGCAUCUGUACCGGUACCUCUAGGCCUCAGGGUAGGCAUUAUACCAGCAGGUUCCACAGAUGUUAUGGCCUAUGAUACCACUGGAGUGAAUGACCCUGUCACAUCUGCAAUACAGAUCAUUCUAGGUUUCUCUCUAGCAUUAGACGUGUGUUCUGUCCAUCACAACAACUCUUUGUUGAGAUACACGGUCUCAUUCAUGGGUUACGGUUUCCUCGGGGAUGUACUGAAGGAGAGUGAGAACUACAGGUGGAUGGGACCAUCGAGAUAUGAAUUUGCAGGAGUUAAGAAGUACCUGAGAAACCAUGCCUACUUGGGAGAGGUAUCCUUCUUACCCAGUAAGGAUGAAGAUAAUACACCAUGGGAUAAGAAGGGCUGCAUGAUAGGGUGUGGAGUUUGCUCAAAGAGGAAAUCACGUAACCGUCAUGAUGUCUACAAGAAAUCAGAUAUGAUAGAUUCUGGGGACUCAUCAUCCAAGUGGCGGCAUGUAAGAGGGCGCUUCACAGCUAUCAAUGCUGCCCUCGUGAGUGGACGAUGCUCCAGGACAGUGACUGGGAUGUCUCCUGCGGCCCAUCUAGGGAAUGGCUGUCUUGAUCUGGUUCUAGUUAGACAAUGUUCAAGGUUUGACUACCUCAGACACAUGCUCAAGCUAGCUUCAUCAGGCAAUCAUUUCAACUUUGACUUUGUAGAGGUGCAUCGUGCCAAGGCCUUUAAAUUCCGGUCUUUGAACACUGAUCUUGAGCUAGCCAUGGUCGCUGAGCCCUCCAACGUUGAGAACGAGCAACAGACCUUCGGCAAGGGAAGCCCCAAGAGGUUUGGCAUGUACAAGGCUGUCAGGACUGGGAGCGUCUGUAGUACCAGCUCAUGGAAUAUGGAUGGGGAGGUUGGGGAACCCCCUGAUAUUGACGUCAGGGUCCACUGUCAGUUGAUCAAGGUGUUUGCGAGAGGUCCAGAGUCACCAGAAAGUGAGGAGUUAUCGCAACAAUGUUGCUUAUGUCAAACUCACAAGUCAGAUCCAUACGAAAUCUAUUCUACUCAGGACAAUGAUGUCAUCAUAGCUGAUGAAAUGAAAUGACCAGUAAAAGUGACCGCUGUGAAUGACCGCAAUGAGAGGCCAAUGGGAGUGUACCACUAAAGUGACUAUUAAUGAGUGACCACUGUGAGUUACCACUAAGUGACCACUAGGAGUGACCAUUAAAGAAUGACCACGGAGUGUGGGAGUGAACCAGUAGAAAUGACCACCUGCUAUGCAACCCUUCCGUACCACUGGUGCUCAUUUACAGCUAUGGACAUAGAAGAGAAUCUGUGAGGUGCUACCAUGAUAGGCAGAACACAUAUUUGAAUAUCUUCAGAUGCAUGCAUCUUUUUCACAUCAUUUGAAUUUCUUUAUGAAAUAGAUAUUGCUGAUGAGAAGUUGCUGCAAAUAGAUAGAAUAGAAUAUUUGGAAGGUAUUACAAAUGUGGAAGUGAAAUUAUGAAGGAAUCGUAAAAAAGUUUUGUAGUGCAUCUUUUCAUUCACAAACUGUAUUAUUAAGUCAUUUUGUUUGUGGUGAUAUUUGCCGUUCAUUACAAAAGACAUCUUAUUCUGGUAUUAAUACAUGACAUUGUCAUCAAUACCAAAUGGCGAUCAUUGUAAUAACAAGAUUCCUGUUGAAUGGUGCCAAAUUGUCUACCUCAACUCGAAAGGCCAUCUGGUCUAGUUCCUGUUGCAAAUAUUUCUUUUGAUAAUAAUUUUUUUUUAAAUAUCAGGGUUAAAGUGUGGACUUUAGUUUUCCAUGCAUGUAUUCCAUGGGCAUCACAUAUACAAACUUUGAAUUAAAGUGUUACAGCAUGUCCUAUUAGAGCUCAAAUAUCAUAUCAAACAACACUUUUUAUAUUUUCUUAGAAUAUACAAAGCUAAGUGAAAUUAAAACCCUAUUGAAGUAUGUUUAGUGUUUAGUGUUUUCAUCAUUUUCCUUCUUUAAAGAUCCUUACAGAAAAAUACCAUAUUUAUAAAUGUAUAAAGAGCAUUUAAAAUAUCAAAUGAGGCAAGCUGAAUGAUAAAAUUUGAUGCCUCUGAGGAGUUUCAUUUUCUCUUGAAUAAUGCCUAGUGAAAAUACAGUCAAAGACUUGCAUUUUGUUGUAAAAUGAUCAUGCUUUUAGCGAUGACCAUUGCCAAGUUUACCAAUGACACACAAGAUGCCAAAUUUCUUUUGUUUUGGAAUAUUGUGCAAUAUAUUUUAUUAGAUUAAGCUGACCUCGUGAUUUGAAGUAUGAAUAGAUUCUUAACUACACAAAAUGGGAUAUUUUUUACUUCUUCUGGGUGUACUGUAAUACAAGGGAAAUCAUAUAUUAUCAUCAUCUGAUGUGUAUUGUGAGUUUAUGUAUUGCUAAUACAAUUUUGAAUAGAAUAUUAGCAUCUUUCAUAUUGUAUCAUUUCUCUUGUAGAGCAAGAACUGCAUAUCAAUUUAAUACAUUCCAUUAUAUUGAUGUAUUAUGCACUGUUUUUGGUUGAAAUUAUUUUGAAGCCGAGUAUUGUUCAAAUGAUAAUUUCAUGAAGAGUAAAUACAGCUGUAAAGCUUGCAUCCAUUUUUUGUUUGUUUUUGUAAAUCCCGUUAAAUCAUGGAAUUCUGGCGUUAUUCAUUUUACAUUUAAGUCCUGAAACUACUUGAUAAACGGUUUCUGAAAUAUAUUUAUAAAAAGAAAUAUAGAAUUAAUUUUCAGGCAAAUUAUAAUUUUUUCUGUAAAAAGUGCUACAGAUUGAAUUAGAACGAGAACGUAUUUACCGUAACUGCACCUACUCUAUCAAGCUUCAGUUGCUUUGAUUGAAGGUCACCGUAUUUAAAUACACAUGUACUGAAAUAAAUGUUUCAUUAUUAUGAUGGACUAUCUGUCCAAAAUGAUGUGAAUAUGAGAGGUGAAUCAAGAACGUGGUUCCUUGUUAUAAAACAUAUCUGUUUAAUUGUUAUCCCGACAGUUGCAUCCUUGCUCUGUCUCAGGAAUGUUUUCUCUCUGAAAUAUUUUAUUCCGCUAAAUAAUGGGUCAUUUUUUAUCAGUUAUUGACAUAGAACCCUUAUAUUAGUGAGCAUGUUCAGAAAUAAAUUAUAAAAGCUAUUACAGUUGAGUAGUGAUGCCUAAUACAAAAUGUUGACAUUUUGGUUGUAAGAAAUUUAGGUUUAUUCUGCUUGACACAUAAGUUGGAGCUUACAGGGGGGAGGGGGAACAUAGUUAUAUGGUAUAUAUGGCUGAGAAGGGGGAAUCAGGUAUUUUUGUGUAUGAUAUACAUGUACGUACAGGUACAUGAAAUGUUUUGAUAUCAAUGCA